AUGAACCUUCUUCCCUCCCUCUCUAUGGAGACAUGGGCCCUUGUGCUUCUUUUCGUAGCCCUUUUGGUAGUAUAUGGGAUCUGGCCAUUUGGUGUCUUCAAGAAGCUGGGCAUUCCUGGGCCAACACCUCUGCCUUUCUUUGGGACGUGCUUGGAAUAUCGCAAGGGCUUCCUGGAAUUUGACAAUGAAUGUUUUCAGAAAUAUGGGAAAGUCUGGGGGAUUUAUGAUGGCAGGCAGCCUGUGCUGGGUGUCCUGGACCCUCAAAUCAUUAAAUCUGUGCUGGUUAAAGAUUGCUACUCCACCUUUACCAACCGGAGGCGUGUGGAUCUGGCAGGGGAGCUGCAACAUGCUGUCUCACUUGCUGAAGAUGAUAAGUGGAAGAGGCUCCGUACUAUGCUCUCUCCAACCUUCACCAGUGGGAAAUUAAAGGAGAUGUUCCCUAUAAUAAAGCACUAUGGGGAAGCUUUGGUGAAGAACGUUCAGAAGCGAGUGGAAAAGGACAGUGCUCUGCCUGUGAAGGACAUCUUUGGAAGCUACAGCAUGGACGUCGUCACCAGCACCUCAUUCGGUGUAAACACUGACUCCAUGAACAACCCCAACACCCCAUUUGUCAGAGAGAUGAAGAAACUGGUCAAGUUUGACUUUUUUGACCCAAUCUUCAUCUUGAUAUUUGUAUUCCCAUUCCUUGCUCCUCUCAUGGCCAAGAUGAACUUCAGCAUCUUCCCUGUCAGUGCUGUAGAUUUCUUCAAGAGAUCCAUCUUAAAAAUUAAGAAGGAACGUGAACAAGGCACCCACAAGGGCAGGGUAGAUUUUCUGCAGCUGAUGAUCGAAUCCCAGAAAGGGGGCUUUGAAGAGAAUCACUCUUAUAAAGCCCUGACUGACAUUGAGGUCUUCUCACAAGCAUUCAUCUUUAUCUUUGCUGGGUAUGAACCCACCAGCAAUGCACUUGGUUACCUGGCAUAUGAACUGGCCACGCAUCCUGAUGUGCAGCAAAAACUGCUGGAGGAGAUCGACACAGUUUUACCCAACAAGGCUCCUCUCACAUACGAAGCAGUGAUGCAGAUGGAGUAUCUUGACAUGGCAAUAAAUGAAACCCUUCGGCUCUAUCCCAUCGGAGGACGGAUCGAGAGAACCUGCAAGAAAGAUGUAGAAAUUCAUGGAGUGACCAUUCCCAAAGGAACUGUCGUUAUGAUCCCACCCUACAUCCUGCACCGCAACGCUGACUACUGGCCAAACCCAGAGGAGUUCAGACCAGAAAGGUUCAGUAAGGAAAACAAGGAGAGCAUAGACCCAUAUACAUACCUUCCCUUUGGAACUGGUCCCAGGAACUGCAUUGGGAUGCGGUUUGCUACCCUGACUCUGAAAGUUGCCAUCGUUGCCCUAUUGCAACAAUUCACCUUCCAGAUCUGCAAAGAAACUCAGAUCCCUAUCAAGCUGACUUCAAGGGGACUCUUAAAUCCAGAGAAACCAAUUAUUCUGAAGUUCGUCCCCCGGUCCAACACCUCACGUGCAGAGGCAUAAACCCAAGAUGUGUCUGCAAUGUUCUGCAGCAUCUGUGGAGUGCUACCAAAGGGAUCACACGUUGCAGGAAAUCUCUCCUACGUGCACAGGCACAGAAGAGCAGCUCUAGUUAAUUCUGGAAGCAAUUACUACAUACUUACUAAUAAACAUAGCUGUCAGAAACCUAACGUGGAUCACUGGGCAGUGACAAUACACAGCCCCCUUAAUUCUGAUUGCAGAAAACAAGAAAUAAAUCCAAAUGAGCACCUGAUCAUCCACUGACUUCUGUGGGGACUUCUCCAUCUGGAGAGAAGGAAUUACUAUCUCAUCCAAGAGAAAUAAGGCGUGAUGGAAAUUCAAAUCAGCAGACACCAAGCUGGGAGGCUUG